UCUGUUCUCUCGACCCCUCUGACCCUGUGUAACAAAAGGACUAAUAGCCUUUCGACCUGUGUACAUCUCCCGUUUUGGCAUGAGGACACGAUGACUUCCCCCGUCUGGAAGAAGGUUCGCACGCAAUCCGAGACAUUUUCGCAAAGCGAUGAACAGCCUGGGGAACCGGAUGAUGAUCCGUCCAACGACCAAAAAUUGACCUUACAACGUCGAUUGAAGAAACGAGAAUCCGACCGAAAAUGUCAACGUAUGUCACGCGAGCGUACAAAGUCUCGCAUCACAUACCUGGAAGGCCUCGUCGAAAAACUGAGCCAUGGGGACGAUUCCGGAAAGGUUGCAUCGCUCCUGACGCUUGUGUCUCAGCUUCAAGAUGAACGCGACUCACUCGCAAGCAAAAUCAAGAACAUUGAGGCUGUCCUAUUUCCAGGCGCUCCGACAACGGAAAGCGCAAUAGUUGAUGGUGCAAUUCCAGCAGGAUCCGGGUCCUUGUCCAAAUCUGCGUCCAUCGAGGCUCUUUCGACGGACCCCCCAACGCUACAAACAUCUCUCCAGACGUACAAGCAGAUGAGGGCGCCAUCCAUUACUUCGCAAGCCAUACUGCCGGCUCAGCUCACCAAUCAGUCUGCAAGACAUUCGAAUCCAUUGUUGGCUCAAGCAUCCAUACAUGGAUUGAGCUCUCCACGGUAUAUGCCGUUACACCCCUCAGCGAGAGGUGGCAUGUGCGAAUGCAAGUAUGCUAGGUCUUUGAAGGACCAGAGAUUGAACUACUGGUACCAAGGGAAUACGACUUUAUCUGCUUGGAUGAAAUGGCCGACUCUGGUACCUCCCGUACCUGAGGAGGACCCAUUCCAUGACGACACGCCGAUUCGUGCUGUGGUUGAAGGCUGGGAUUCCGUUGAGCAGAGGGGGCACGUCCAUCCAAUGUGGCGAUUGUUGCGGACAAUGGAUGAGCACUUAUUUGUCCACGCCCAUACGCCAAGGGACCGGUUGGGUAUCUUGUACAAUGUCAGCCGCGUCCUGAGUGCACAUAUCGACCCUACUCAGAAGCAAUAUGCCCAUCUACCAACAUAUUGGUUCACCAGAUCCGUAUCUCAGCAUAAUGCCUACGCCAUAAAUUUUGUAUCCUGGCCGGGUUUGCGUCAAAUCUUGGACGCUGACGAGCAUCGAUAUUGCUCCAAUCACUUCUGGAGAACUUUCAUCAACAGCAUUCGCGUAGACUGGCCAUAUGAAUUGCGCGAUAUGUACCUCUUCAAUGCGUCUAAAGGGUUGUACAAGGUUUCGCCCCUUUUCGAAGAACUGCUCGGAGAUAUUCGAAACAUCGGAGUCACUGGUGGCUUCUUGCAACAUUUCCCCGAGCUUCAGAGUGUGGUAAAUAUUGUGGAUGAGAUGCAUCAUGGGCCUCUUCCCAAUAGUACUUCAUGUCAACUUGAUGUUGAUGGGAUGGAUCUGUUCGAAAUGCAGGAUACGGAAGGGAGGGUGUUUGAUGCGGAGACGACAAUUGACGGACAAUUGCCCAUGGGCGGGAUGCUGGAAGAUUUCGUGUGAACUCGACGAGGUCGUGUCACCCCGGUGUCGCCAGGAAGUGAAUGAACAUUGUCACUCCUAAUGGUGACAGGUAGCCGGACUCAACCUUUAUCAGUAUUCACUUCGAAGCUCAGUAAGUAUGGACCACCAUCACUCUGAACUUUCCACUCUUUGGUGUCCUACUGUCAACCUCAUCUUCUUAUUUCUAUUUCUGCCCCUUGAACGGCUAAGGCGUUCGGAUCUGACCACUAUGGUUCGAAAGAAUAUCCGAAAACUUC